GAUGCGGCUCCCCCGGGAUGCGGCUCCCCCGGGAUGCGGCUCCCCCGGGAUGCGGCUCCCCCGGACCCCGCCGAGCCCCGGGACGCCGCCGGUCGUGCCGGGACGCGGCUCCUGCCGCCUUCCCCGGGGGGCUCCGGGGGAUCGGGGGGCUCUAGGGGGGUCGCGCUUGCGGUCGCAGCCGGCAUCGAGCGCUGCCCGGCCGGAGGAGGAGGAGGCGCUCCGGGUCUGAUGCUCCAGCGCUGGAGCUGCUGCGGGAAAACAACAAAAAAACAACAAAAAAAUCCCACAAGUCAGGAGAGGAGCGGGAACGGGCGCGGGUGGGGCUGUGGGAGGGUCCUGCCCUGCCCUGCCCUCCCCACGCAGCGCCCGUGCCCGGAGCUCUUCCCAACCUUCCCCUUCCCGCAGGGACACCCGCGGUGGCCGCGCUGCUUUCGGGACUUCCGAGCGGGAUGGGCUCCCAAAAAUCCUGAGGACUCGCAGGGACAGCCCACAGCCCGUGAGCAGCAGGCCAGGCCUGCAGCGGGAUCCCUGCCUGGAGAAGAGGAAGAGGAGAAGACGCUUCCUCCGCCGUUGAUAAAAUGGGAAGCGGCGUUUCCCCGGCAGCCCGGGGAGGGAAGCGCCGAUCCCGGCCCGGGGGACGCCCGUGGCAGCUCCGCAGCGGGCAGGACACGGCCCUGCCCCGCUGAGGGCUCGGGGCGGCGUGGCCAGGGCCGGGCUGGGGACAGCAGGAUGUCCCUGCAGAGCCGCCGGGCCCAGCUGCUGCUGGCCAACGCGCUGACCUUCGGCCUGGAGGUGUGCCUGGCCGCCGGCAUCACCUGCGUGCCGCCGCUGCUGCUGGAGGUGGGCCUGGAGGAGAAGUUCAUGACCAUGGUUUUGGGGAUAGGCCCCGUCCUGGGGCUGCUUUUCGUGCCUCUCAUCGGCUCUGCCAGCGACCACUGGCGCAGCAGCUACGGCCGCCGGCGGCCGCUGAUGUGGCUGCUGUGCCUGGGCGUGCUGCUCAGCCUCUUCCUCAUCCCGCACGCCGCCCGCCUGGCCGGCCUCUGCUCAUCCCCGCGCCCCCGCAGCGCCCUGGAGAUCACCUUCCUCAUCCUCGGCGUGAGCCUGCUGGAUUUCUGCGGCCAGGUGUGCUUCACCCCCCUGGAGGCGCUGCUCUCCGACCUGUGCCAGGAGCCCGACAGCUGCCGCCAGGCUUUCUCCCUGUACGCCCUCAUGGUCAGCCUGGGCGGCUGCGUGGGCUACCUGCUGCCGGCCAUCGACUGGGCCUUCCUGGCUCCCUACCUGGGCGGGCAGCAGAGCUGCCUCUUCAGCCUGCUGGCCCUCAUCUUCCUCGCCUGCGUGCUGGCCACGCUCUUCGUGGCGGAGGAGGCCGCUCACGGUGACAUCGCGGCUGUCAGGGACGUGUCCCCGAAGCGGUGGCAGUGCUGCUGCAGGGUGACACGGGGGCCGUGCGUGCUGCGGGCGCUGCGGGCGCUGCGCGAGUUGUGCGCGCUGCUGCCGCGGCUGCACGGCCUCUGCUGCCGCGUGCCCGGCGUCAUCCGCCGCCUCUUCGUGGCCGAGCUGUGCAGCUGGAUGGCCCUCAUGACCUUCAUGCUGUUCUACACGGAUUUCGUCGGGGAGGGGCUGUACCACGGCGUGCCCAGGGCCAAGCCGGGCACCGAGGCCAGGCGCCGCUACGAUGAGGGUGUCCGGAUGGGCAGCCUGGGGCUCUUCCUGCAGUGCAUCACCUCCAUCUUCUUCUCGACAAUCAUGGACAGGCUGGUGAAGCGCUUUGGCUCGCGGGCCGUGUACCUGGCCAGCGUGGUGUCCUUCCCCGGGGCCGCCUCCGUCAUGUGCCUGUCCCGCAGUGUCACCGUUGUCACCAUCUCCGCUGCCCUGACGGGCUUCACCUUCUCCGCCCUGCAGAUCCUGCCCUACACGCUGGCAUCCUUCUACCACCACGACAAACAGGUGUUCCUGCACAAAUACAAGAGGAAAGAGGAGGAAGACGCCGCCCUGCUGGACAAGAACUCAGCCUUCCCCAAGGGGCUGCUCUCCAGCCAGAAGCUGCCUUACCAGAACGGCCACACUGGGAGCCUCUUCUCCUCCUCCUCCCCUUCAUCCUCACCCUCCUCCUCCUCCUCUCCGGCCGUGUCCAGCUCGGCUCUGUGCGUCAGCUCCUCCUGCGACGUCUCCCUGCGGAUCGUGGUGGGAGAGCCGGAGCCAGGGGCUCCCGGCCGGGGGAUCUGCCUGGACCUGGCCAUCCUGGACAGCGCCUUCCUCCUGUCCCAGGUGCUGCCCUCGCUGCUCAUGGGCUCCAUCGUGCAGCUCACCCAGUCCGUCACUGCCUACAUGGUGUCUGCUGCUGGCCUCGGGCUCGUGGCCAUCUACUUCGCCACCAAAGUGGUCUUUGACAAGGGUGACAUGGCCAAGUGCUCCGUGUGACAGCAGGGCCGCCCCGUGGGUGGCAGAGCCAGCUGUGUGUGUGCCACAGGGCCAGCUGUGUGUGCUACAGGGCCAGCUGUGUGUGUGUGCCACAGGGCCACUUGUGUGUGCCACAGGGCCACCCGUGUGUGUGUGUGCCACAGGGCCACCUGUGAGUGCCACAGGGCCACCCAUGUGUGUGCCACAGAGCCACCCGUGUGUGCCCACACUGGCUCCAGGACCAAGGGCACCGCGGGGUUAAUCUCAGGUGUAAAUAAGAGGCUUUGGGGUGUUUUCCUCAGGCCAGAAGUGCUUUCCAAAGGUGCCUUCAGCAGGGGGAGCGGGCACGGCAGCACCAAAGGGGUUCUGCAGGGGGAGAGGGGAAUUGGGGUUCCCUCGGGUAGAACGGGUCGUGCUCUGAGCAGGGCACAGGGAGGGGAACAAUCACUGGCUCCCCUCUCCCCUCUCCCCUCUCUCCUCUCCUCUCCCCUCCCCUCUCUCCCCUCUCUCCCCUCUCUCCCCUCUCUCCCCUCUCUCCCCUCUCUCCCCUCUCUCCCCUCUCUCCCCUCUCUCCCCUCUCUCCCCUCUCUCCCCUCUCUCCCCUCUCUCCCCUCUCUCCCCUCUCUCCCCUCUCUCCCCUCUCUCCCCUCUCUCCCCUCUCUCCCCUCUCCCCUCUCCUCUCCUCCAGCUGUUCCCUCUCCCCUCUCCUCUCCUCCAGCUGUUCCCUCUCCCCCUGCUCGCUGCAGUUUUACCCAAUUUCUUGGGCAAUCCUUCAGCAAAUGGGGCGCUGGGAGGAGAUUUCCUGGGGGGAAGGAGGUAGGGGGCGGCCGAGGUUUGGCUGAGGGGGUGCCCGGGUGUGCACCCACAUUUCUGCCCUGCUGCCCUUCCCCACCUCGACCCAAAACCAUCCAGGAGAGAAGUUACUGUGCCUUGUUUUGGGAAAAAAAAACAAGGAACAUCUCAUCAGGACCAG